GCCAUUUUUAUCUUUGCAAGAGAACGAAGCAUGAUGUUCUGGGCAGAUUCAAUAUGCAUUAACCAGGCAGACUAUUAUGAGCGCGGCCGACAAGUCCGACUCAUGAGUUCAAUAUAUCGUUCGGCGGAGAUUGUUGCAGUUUGGCUUGGCCCAGCCGCACAUGAAAGCGAUCUCGCGUUCAUUAAAAUGAAGGAAUGGAAGGCGAGCUUCGACAGACUAAAAGAACAGUUCAAUGGCUCCGAGGAGUUAGCAGUCACAAGCAUCUCUGCGAAUGACGAUUUCUAUUUUGGUCCGCAUGGCUCGGAACAACAGAAGGCACUGGAGGCAUUACGCAUGCUAUGUCGUCGACCUUGGUGGGGAAGAGCAUGGAUUGUACAAGAGGGAACUAUUGCCAACCCUGCUCGCACGGUAUUAUUUUGCGGAAGCCGUAGCAUUGACUGGACCUAUUUACGAGCAGCCCUUCAGAUCCACCAUCACAUCACACACUAUCAAAGUUUUGGCAUGAGUACUGAUUUCAGCGAUGCCAUGGCCACCCGUCUUGAUAGCUUUCGACGAGAUAGGGAAAAUGGAGUUAAUAUUCGAUUAUUGCAAGUCCUUGGACUUAUUCGAGCAUACGAGUGCAAAGAUCCUCGCGACAAGCUGUAUGCCGCUCUAGGAAUGGCCAUGGACGUGAAUGAGGAUGAUAUCAUUCCAGAUUAUACAAAGCCACUUUCAGCAGUCUAUGUUGAUGUCGCCAAAUUUUGCAUCUCAAAAUCAAACACCCAUCGUCUAGAUUUCCUAGGAGAGGUACUAAGAUCAGCACCAGGAACUGUAUUCGAAUACCAACAUGAGAGAUUACUACCAUCCUGGACACCGGAUUGGACUUUCCGCGCAUCCUUUCAUCCUCUUGAAAAGGUGUUAGACCCGUAUAAGUAUGGAGCAAGUGGUUAUGCCUAUAACGCUAGCAAGGGGUCUAAUGGACACUGCUACAUCGAUGAGGCACAUCUAUAUGUCCAGGGAUCAGUGCUUGAUCAUAUAAUUCGAGUAUCAAGUAUAUGCCAGUGGAAUCUAGCUGCAGGAGGCAUUCAAGCUGAGCGAUCAUGGAUACCAGAAGACCCGAGCGAGCAUUAUUUCACUGGAGAGACAGUAAUGCAAGCUUUCAAUCACACUAUAGUAGCCGAUAUAGGACGACGAAACCUCGAAAACGAUUCUGAGCUUUCACGAGGAUUUGCCUUCAAUUGGGAAUUAGCCAAUCGGGAUAGUAACAACAUGUCUGCUGAAGAUCGCCAAAUGCAAAGCUGGAUGCUUGCUGAUGCAAAAAUAACGACAUUUGGGAGAAGAGUGUUUGAAACGAGUCGGGGAUUUAUCGGAUUGGGACCAGCAGCUGCCCAAGUAAAUGACCAAGUUUGCCUUCUCCUAGGUGGACAAGUUCUCUACGUGUUGAGAAUUUGUGAGGAUAAUCACCCCGAGUUUGUUGGUGAGUGUUAUGUGCACGGUAUGAUGGACGGUCAAGCUUGCGAGGACGAAUUAUUCGCAAUUAGGGACAUAGUACUCGUGUGACCGAGG